AUGGCUCUGGCGCCGCCGUCGCCGAUCUCAUGCUGUCGCCACCAACGCCAUCGACAGCCCCAUUUUCAGACCGUCAUUUUCCGUCCAAAAAUCAACAAAGGCACUUUUGCAACUACCUCUCUUCCAAAAUCGGCAGGUUCGGUUUGUACUCCAACACCUGAUGAAGGUUCUAUAACUAUAACACACCUUUUAGAGAAUCAGAUUAAGAAUCCAUUAACACUGUCCGAAGAGAUUGCGCAACUCUCCGAAUCCAAAACCUUGUCGGAAGUUNUAGUGAAAGAACUGCAUGGCUACUCGCUUAGAAAUGGUCUUGAAUACCAUGAGUUAUUAACAAAUGCUUUUAUAGCCGCCUAUGCAAAGUGUGGAUUGCUCAGAUAUGCUGAGCUUGUAUUCUGUGGAGUGGCAAAUAAGACAGUAAGCUCUUGGAAUGCACUGAUAAGUGGCUAUGCUCAGAGCGAUGAUCCAUCCAAGGCUUUGACUCUGUCCUCUGAAAUUAUGGGUUCUGGUUUGCUUCCUGACUGGUUCACUAUCGGUAGCCUUCUUUUUGCUUGUUCCCACUUAAAACAGCUACUGUGUGGUACACAAAUUCAUGGUUUUGUGCUUAGAAAUGGUCUAGAAACAGAUAUGUCUACAGGGGUUUCCCUAGUUUCAUUUUACAUGAAUUGUGGAAAACCUGAACUGGCACAACUUCUAUUUGACAGGAUAGAAGACAAAAAUAUUGUAUCCUGGAAUGUGAUGAUAGCUGGUUACUUGCAGAAUGCACUACCGGAUAAAGCCUUAUUUUUGUUUCGUGAUAUGGUAUCUCUUAGAUUCCAACCUGAAGAAAUUUCUGUUACAAGUGUCUUGGGGGCUUGUUCAACAUUGUCUGCUGUCAAGCUGGGGAAAGAAGUUCACUGCUUUGCACUAAAAACUCACCUUAUAGAGGAUACUUUUGUCCAUUGCUCAAUCAUAGACAUGUAUGCUAAAUCUGGAUUCAUAGGGAUGUCCAAGUAUGUCUUUGACCAUAUUCCGGUCAAAGAUAUAGCAUCAUGGACAGCUAUGAUUACAGGAUAUGCAGUUCAUGGACUUGGAAUGGAGGCCAUCAAGCUAUUUCAGGAAAUGCAAAAAUCGGGCUUCACGCCGACGAGCUUGACAUACGUCUCUAUUUUAAUGGCAUGUAACCAUGCCGGGCUCAUUGAAGAAGGUCGACAAUAUGUUAGAGAGAUGCAGGUCCAUGGUCUAAAACCUGAAUUGGAACAUUAUGCAUGUGUAAUUGACAUGCUGGGUCGUGCUGGACAGUUUGAUGAUGCCUUAAAUCUUAUGGCUGAGAUGCCUAUGCUGCCAGAUACUCAAAUUUGGAGCUCGUUGCUCAGGUCAUCUAUGGUUCAUGCCCACUUAAAUCUUGGGAAGAAAUGUGCUGAGAAGUUACUGGAAUUAGAGCCAAAAAGAGCAGAAAUAUAUGUUUUAGUAUCCAAUUUUUUUGCUAGAUAUGGGGACUGGGAUUCUGUUAGACAAUUGAGGCAAAAGAUGAAGGAGUUAGGCUUGCAAAAAGAAAUUGGUUGCAGUCGGAUUGAAAUAGGAGGAAAAAGCUAUAACUUCGCCGUUGGCAAUUUGCUUUCCAAACCGUAAGAGCUAUAGUGAGGGUAAAUGUGACCAAGGGAAAGAAUUGAGCUGGUUAGUACCUAAGAUGAUUUGGUGCUUCAGCAUUUGAACAGAGAGGGUAAAGGAUAAAUUGAGGUAGGUCAGCAAGAGACCUUUUGGAUUCUAUUUCUUAAUACCAUGACCAAAAUCAACUGCUGCGUCCAUCGUCCAGCACAAGAGAAGGAAGGACAAGUCAGAUGCACACUGUUGCAAUGACAGAAUGACAUCUCCCUCUUAUGGAAGUUGUUAUCUCGCUCAUCAUGUUCCCUGGAGUUUCCCUACUGGCAGAUGACAUUGCGAUUACAAAACACGAUUAAUCACUUGACUAACGUUCUUCUCAAGGUUUUCCUCAAGGAAAGCAGUUCACUAAUUACCGCAAUUUGCUUUAAAUUAGUGGCCCUCUCACAAUUUUUAAAGAUGGUUCUCCUGAUGAAUGAUACAAGGAUGGAGUCAAUUUGACCUGCUUUUGUUUAGCCUCCCAAAUUGUUCAGAUGUACAUAUUAGUCAGAAUCAUAUUCCUUACUAUGUAGUUUGGCUUCUGUUUUAAAAGCAAACGGUGUUUGCUAUCAAGAACGAUUCACUCCAUGAAGAUGUUUUACUUUUCAAAAUUUGAAGAGCAGUGUGGCAGAAGAUGUUUUGAAACUUUAGUUCAGCAUGGAAUUUCAGUUCCUAAAAAUGAUGAGCGACAUGAGGCUGGAAGUCCCAAGGGUCAAUUCUGCGGCAGUCUAAGAAAAUUUGCGCCUGACCUUGUACAUUUCUGUCGUAGGGAGAGGAAUCAGUCAUUGAUUUAGGUACUUGCUGGAAUCCCCUUGGUGCUUCACAGCAUUGUAUGUCGUUAUAUGUAAAGCUUCGUUUUGUUGAGUGUAAAGAGAAGUUCUAAGAGUGGAAUUAAAUAUGGAGGGAUAAGGGUUGUUUUUAGUUAGGGAAUACAAAGGAUGUAACAUGUAUAGUAAAGGAGUUGGAUACUUCUUCAUGCCGACUUUCAGUCUUUCUAAAACUAGACGUAGAGAAUGAAUUAUACAUUACUUUUA